AUGCAUGAAGCAGAACGAGCGGAAGGAGCGGCAGGAGCGGACGGAAUCGAUGGAAGGGAAGCAGCCGAAGGGGAGGAAGGAGCCAAUGUGGGGGAAAAUCGAGGAGGAGAAGAAGCUUCGAUGGCAGAGGUGACAGAAGAGGGAAAACGAGGCGAAGGGGAGAGGGUGGAAGGAGCAAGAGAGGGGACGGAUGCAGCAACAGGGGGGUCGGUGUUGGGUGAGGUAGAAAACGCGGAGGGGAUGGAGGGAGCGGGAGAGACGCCUGCAGUUGCGGAUUGGCCGCUGCUUCGGUUCUCGCAGCCCGCUCCCGCCUGUCGCGCGCUGAUCUGGCAGUGCUUCCGCGCUGACGCGGACGCUGACGUGGCAGCCGACGCGGCAGCUGACGUUGCAAGCGGAAGAAGCGGAGGGCGGGGAUGCGUGGAGGGUAGUGCGGCGGGCAGGAAGCGGAAGGCUGGGUGCGAACGCGUGGUGCGGAGCCGGCGACAAGUGGACCCUUCUGGGAACUUUCUCAAGGGCGUGAAGUGGUAUCCUCGAUAUUCGUGCUUUGCAUGCACUCCAUUCCUUCGCAUUCAAUGCAACGCACUGCUCAUGCUGACGUCAUUAUGGCACGAUUCUUACCAAACUGUCCCUCCCCCCUCCUCCCUUUCUUCCCCAUCCCCCUCCCCACGGGCUGCCCCCGUCUCCUUCCCCCAUUCUCUCUCCACGUCUCUUCCCCUCUUCUACCCGCCCUCGCUCCUCCCCCCUUUCUCGUACCUGUCAGAUUCGCUGGCACCAGCAGUGAUGGUCAGGGAGGGGGAGACCAUCUAUGACUUCGCAUGGUUCCCUGCCAUGUCAGCAGCUGGUAUGCCAUGUCAGCAGCUGAUAUGCCAUGUCAGCGCUUGUGUGCUCUCACCUGAGGUGAUUGGCCAGGUGUGCUCUCACCUGAGGUGGUCCGCCAGGGCUGUUCAGGUGUUAGACCAGGUGUUAGACCAGGUGUUAGACCAGGUGUUAGACCAGGUGUUAGACAAGGUGUCAGACCAGGUGGUACGCCAGGUGAUGGACGAGACGAGAUAUUGCUACUGCCCGCUCUACAGCUUCCAUUUCCUUCUCCAAUCAUGCCCCACUCCCAUGUCUCAUCCAGCUGCGCUGCGCUGCACGUACCACGCACAUGACCACACCACAUGGACAGACGAGAUCGCCAUGCAUGUGUGCGUAUUGUAUUGCUACUGCGCUGAAUGUACCGAAAUGCACUCCUCCCCACCCUCCCGCACCAUGCCACACCAGCUGCGCUGCACGUACCGAGCAUACGACCACCUGGAUGAGAUUGCUGCUGCCCUCUCCCUCACCUUCUCUUCUCAAGGAGACAAGAUCAAGCAAGUGAUUGAGGCAAGUGAGCUUCCCUUUCACGUCCUCCUCCUUUGUUUCUUUCUCUUCUGCCUUCGUUUCCUCCUCUCCUCCUCUCUGCCUUCCGACCUCCCAUAUCACCACUUGAUAGCUGCCCCACUCCCUGCUCUUCCUGCCCCACUCCCUGCUCUUCCUGCCCCACUCCCUGCUCUUCCUGCCCCACUCCCUGCUCUUCCUGCCCCACUCCCUGCUCUUCCUGCCCCACUCCCUGCUCUUCCUGCCCCACUCCCUGCUCUUCCUGCCCCACUCCCUGCUCUUCCUGCCCCACUCCCUGCUCUUCCUGCCCCACUCCCUGCUCUUCCUGCCCCACUCCCUGCUCUUCCUGCCCCACUCCCUGCUCUUCCUGCCCCACUCCCUGCUCUUCCUGCCCCACUCCCUGCUCUUCCUGCCCCACUCCCUGCUCUUCCUGCCCCACUCCCUGCUCUUCCUGCCCCACUCCCUGCUCUUCCUGCCCCACUCCCUGCUCUUCCUGCCCCACUCCCUGCUCUUCCUGCCCCACUCCCUGCUCUUCCUGCCCCACUCCCUGCUCUUCCUGCCCCACUCCCUGCUCUUCCUGCGCCACUCCCUGCUCGUCCUGCGCCACUCGCUGCGCGACCUGCCGUGUCCCUGACCUGCCGUGUCCCUGACCUGCCAGUGUUUGACACGAGCAUACCAGGGCGGGACUGCCAGCAGCACAGCACAGGCGCCAAGGGACGCGGCCAGACAGCCGUGGGCUCGUAUGACGGCACUGUGGGGCUGUACGGUGACCCAAUUUCUCAUUGCCUCCUCUCAACCCUCAACCUUCCCAACAGUAAUCGCCCCCAUCCCCUCGCAGGUCUGCUGUCCUGUCUGGCCACCAACCCGUUCAUGCCAGGCCUUCUGGCCGUGGGGUCGUACGAUGGCAGUGUGGGGCUGUACGGGGAUCUGGGCAGGGAGGCCAUGGCAGUGAUGCACGGGCACACAGGAGGGGUCACUCAGGUGGGUGGGAGUGUAGGGUUGGGUGCUCCUUUUCUCGGGAUGGCAACAUCUGAGCCACGUCCAAACCUGAUUUCCUUCUGCACCUCUCUCUCUCCCUCUGCACACACCACGCCAUGGCAGGUGCUCUUUUCUCGGGAUGGCAACUUCCUCUACUCGGGUGCGCGCAAGUGUGUUUCGUCCACCAACCAGCGCAUGUCCGAGCCAUUCAUGCCAUGCCAUCCCAUGUCACCCCUUGUCAUCCCGGUUCAUCCCUUGUCACCCCUUGUCAUCCCGUAUCACUCCAUGGCACCCAUGGCAGUAUGCAGCGGUGUGUGA